AUGAAAAAAAGAAAAUAAAACAUUUUUACAGAUAGAGUUAAUGAUUUAUUAGCAAAAGAAGGCAGCUCUUCGGAAUUAUUUAAGAAUAUUUACUGGAUUUGUGGAACAGAAGAUAAAUUAAUCAUUUUAAGCUAUUUAGAAGAAAACUAAGAAAAAAUAUUAAAGGAAUAACAGAAAAAGUUAAGGAAGAUAUUUGAAUUGCAAUUAAAUCAAAUAAAUAUUUACCUUAGAACAAUUCUCCAAAAGUGGAUACAGAUUGUUCCUAAGCAUGUUAAAUGA